GCUCAAUAUGAUAAGUAGUGCUACCGUUGUCUCGAUACCAGGGGAUUGGGUAACUAUGGCUUUCGAUAAUCUUUGAUCUUCCUUUUGUAAGCUUAUAUUCAAUGUGAUAUUGUAGAUUAGUAGCUCACUGAGCUUUGUUUUUCCACCAUUAGGUACUGAAUAAAAAUAGUCUCCCACUUGCAAUACCAUUCCAUAAUUAUAAUUAUGUCCAUAUAUGAACAAAAUCUGAACGACUAGGUCAAUAGCUCUGUGGAACUUUCCUAAUUUCAGCAUUUCUGCAUCCGUGGCACGGAUAUGCUCUUUUUCUUUCCUAUUUAGAGAACUGGAAAACUAGUGAGUCACCGUCUCAACUGCAGUUGUAUCCAAAAAACAGAGGCAAGGUUUAGUUGUGAUGACGUUAGAUUCAAUGCGCUUGACAAGUAUGGCUUCAUGCACCUUGAUCUGAGCCAUAUUGUGUGCAUUAUCCGUAGCGGUACUGCGAACCGAUAAAUGUUUGGGAGGUACGUACUCGGAACCUAUAGAAUCAACGGUGUUUUAACCAUUAGUAUUUUACUCCACUUAUCUACUACGAAAUCAAUUAAAAAGCUGACACUAAGUCGAAAUGAGUUUUAUCGUUCUUUAUAGUCUUAAAAACGAAGUGUUCCACAAUCACAGUUCCUAAUUGUUUUUGUUUUACAGAGACGUCUUAAGUGAUCUUUAGUCUUUGUAAAUACAACAAACGUAAUUUCACUUAAGACAUGUGUCAAAGUACAAAUAGAUGUUUUAAUGUAGUUCUUUAUGCGGCAUCUAUAUAUCUGCUGUUGUUUACUAUUACUUUCCUUAACAUUAGAAAGUUUGUCUUCUUAUCUUGAAUGCCUUCUUAUACCUUCUAUGUAUAACCUUUCUUAAAGUUAUCCCCAAGAAAAAUAGUACUUCAUCAAUAAAAGGCUGUCAUUCGCAUUCAACUCAGUCAUGUAUUAACAGCCGGUCUAUUGACAUGUUGCCGUAUUAUCUUUAGUUAAUAUAACUAAGCUGAUUGUUCUGAAUUCUUUUUUGGAGAACAUGAAAAACGGUCCCGUCCAGUUUGGAAUUCCAGUGAAUACAAUCUGCAAAUCCAUAGUCUUGAAGGAUAUGGUCUUAAAAAUGUAUUUUGUUGCUCAUUUACUUUUAUUUCAGGAGAUAAUAAUGUCUCAAUGUAAUUGAUCAGAACCCGAAAAAAAUAUAUUUCUACCUGCGAGGUCUUAGAGCGACAUUUACUGACAUCACUAAAGGUUUGGAUCUACUGCAGAAUAUUUCCGCUACACCAAACUCGCUAGAUUACGAUUAUUCCGCUAAAGCCAGAUCUUAGGCAUUAGUCAAAGACGGCAAGCGCUUAGCCAUGGAACGUUUCGUUAUUUCCACCAAGGAAGAGACGUAACGGAUCACACUGAUCGUAGUCAUUGGUCGUUUCCACUAGAUUAUCAAUAGCCGAACAAUAGGACCGUAUUAUAUAAACGUGAACUUUUGUGGAGAUAUAUGAAACCCUGAGAAUGUUGAAAGUAAUACUUAAUUAAAGUACAAGACUGUUAAUACUUGGAAAUAAUCAAAUCAGUAUCACAAGGAUAACUAUGAAUUAAUAAUAGGCUAACUCGUUACAAGUAGAAGUCAGUGAAAAUCGUUUGGUUUGUAAGGAUACUAGGCUUGACUCAUAACUAUCAAUAGAUUUGGUCACAACGCUAAAUAUCGAUAAUAUCUAAUGGUUGCUCAUUCAGUUAAUCGAUUUGACACAACAUUUAGAUAGGCUCAUGUUCCCGCGCCAUAGUGAGGGUAAGCUAGCAUAUUAAACAGCAAAGUAGUUGGGAUAUUUGUAGUACUAAAAAUAGUGGAAUUAAAUAGAGACAAUUGUAAGGAAAGAAGUAUUGGAUUCACAGUAUAAAAAUAAAGAAUCUUGAAAAUCAAGAUCUAGAGGGAAAUAAAUAGCAUAUAUACCUGCGUCACACCUGUGCCAGAUUUUACGGUGCUGGUGACUGACGACUCCACAACUGAUUCUUAGCCGUUCCUAGUAAUGCACUCGGUGAGUUUAAAAAAUAAAUAAUAACUAGUGAGUUUAAACCUCACGGACACUAUAAUAGUUUGUAAAUAUCUAUAGCGCUCACAUUAAUCCACUCAAAUUCCUUAGGUAUCGUUCAUCAUAAUCCCAUCUCAUUGAUCUCUUGUCCUAAAUGGAGUCUAUUCUCCAAUCUUCUUGUCACUCAUUAUUUAUUCUGUUAUAUUUCGUCGUCCAAAUUCAAUUGAUAUUAUAGAUCAGUUCUAAGAGUAAAUAUACGUACAAAUGUUUUUGUUUACAUAUUCUUGUUCUUCCCAUGUUUGGUUGUUAUCUACUUAUUUUCUUUCCUUAUAUUCAGGAUUUAAUGUUUGAUAAGUGAUAUUUCCUACCCAUGGAAUCAUACAAAGGUGAAGUCAUAACUCUUCAAGCGGGUCCUUUAGCGAACCGAGUCUGUGCUCAUUUUUGGAACUUGCAAGAAUAUGGAUUUUUCAAUAAAUCAAGAACUAACGAAUGUGAGUUUCCUUUCACGUAUAAAGUUCUGUUUGAUGAUAGUACACGCGAACCAAAACCACAUGUGUUAGCCAUUGAUAUACGCGAAGUUGUUGAUUUCGGAAGUGAACUUGAUCCUGAUUUAAACCCUACUCCACUCGACAUUCCUUCUUGGAACAGUCAAGUGGAUAAAGUUGUGCGUUGCCCAUCUACAUCGACCAAAAAUAAUUAUCAUUGUAAUUGGACCAACUGUUUGUCUCCUCUUGCUCGACGAAUAUGGUCUCGUAAUGAUACUGUUCUAAAGCUGCCAUUAUCAUUACAACCUACUCCUGACGAGUCUUCUGUUAAUGGAAAUCAUCAAUCAGAUUCUGUCCUUAGCCUUUCUACAUUUACUGAGGGACAAAAUGUAUUUCGUUCUGGAGGCAAGGUGGCUGACGAAUUUGAUGAUCGUAUCCGUCGUAUUUCAGAGCGUUGUUCUUUUCCAAACAGCUUCCAACUGGUUGUAGAUGCUGAAGAUGGCUUCACUGGUAUUGGUUCCCAGCUUUUAGAAAAUAUCAGCGAAGAAUUUCCAAAGGCGUUCUUUUUUUCGGUUCCUGUUUAUAAUUCAUCAGUUGUAUCACGUAUGGAUGCGCGUUUGAAGAAACUGACCGUCGUAAAUCAGUUGUGCUUACUAAAUAUAUUGGAAUAUGGGGAUCUUCUAAGUCAUGCAUGUUGGUUACCUAUAGAUGCAUCACAGUUAUAUGAUCAUCCUCAUCCCUGUAAAAAAAUGAGUGUCUUAGCCUCUGUUAUUGAUACAGUUACAACCCCUUCAAAGUUGGCGAUUGAAUAUGGUGGUAUGAGUCUAGAUAACUUUUUGUCUGUGACAUGUUUUGCACAAGGUAGAAAGAUGCUCACUGUACAAACUGGAGUUAAUUGUAAUGGAAUGGUAGAUAAUCAUUUAUCAUGGUAUAAUCUUAAUCCUUAUUACAAUCAAGGAAAAAUAAUAGCUGGUAAAAAUGUACCAUCUGAAGCUGUAUUAUGUCGUCAGUUAAUGUCUCGAGGAAUUAAACAUUCUACUCUUUUAAAUGACAUAUGGAAUAUGUUCAGUCGAACAGUUGAUUCACAUAAAACUGUUAACAAUUCACCAAUUGACAUAGAUAUUCCAUAUUUAUGCUCAUUAGAAUCAAUUCAUUCAGUUUAUUCAUUACCGAACUAUCCAUUACAAACUGGUAUUAUUAAACAAACUAUGUUAUCAUCAUCGUCAACGUAUUGUCAACAGUAUACAAAUACACAUAUGUCAUGUGUUGUUGAUGUUCCAAGUACUAAUUCAUAUGAAGCAAAAAUGUUUGAAAAGCUUGUAAAAUCUUUAUUAUUGCAUAAAUCUCAUCCACUAGACAAUUAUAUGGAAUUGGAGACAUGGAAUGAUUUUUUAGAGUCUGUUCAAACACGUUUAGUUGAUUCGUAUUUGAAUGAAUGAAAUUAACUUCUAUAACGUUUGUAUAAAGGAAAUUAUAUAUUUCAAAGAUUUUUAGAUUUCUGCAUUUAAUUCCUUUUGUAUAUUAUUUUCUCUGUAUCACUUAGCUUUGAUUUGUAUGUUGGCAUUUAAAAAUCAGUGUUACAUUCUGUUCCGUUGAGUAUUGAUUUAUCAUAAAUUGUAUUCUAGUUCUGCUUUUUAUUUAUUGUAAAACAUCUCACUUUUUAGUGAUCAUCAAUUUGUAGGUGUUUCUUUGUCGUUGAUUCAAUGAACUGUGCUGGUGGUUUUAACAUUCUUUGUAUUUUCAUAACGUAUUAACUAUUUUCUGUUUUACAAUAAGACUAAUCAUGUGUUAAUUCUUGUAAUAUCACUUUUUCAUUAUUCUAUCAACAGAACUGAAAGAAUGUAAUUGAUUGAGUAUAAUAGUUAUCUUUAAUUAAUAUUGGCCAAAGAAUAGUCCAAGAUCGGGAAUUAGUGUUUAACUAUUUUGUUUUACUUUUAAGCUGUUUGUGUACGGGUUCUCAGUCAGCUACAGAAUAGGAUUCAUGCAUUCAUUGUGUUGGUAUUCAUGUGUCUGAAUUCCAACUAUUCGCGGAUAUGAUUUGACCGUAAUAUAAUGCUACCAGUAAACAUACACUAUCUGACUAAGGAAAAACAGUUUAUGGUAAGAGUGUAGUAUAGAGCGGAUAAGUUUUCUAAGUUCAUACGCCGUCUGGAUUUUUAAUAACGGUUAUCAUGGCAAAUAAUAUACGAAGCCUAAGAAAUUAUCCCACAGCUAAUCCACUACAGUCCUUUGGAUGUCUCUGGUGACCGUAAUUCAUUGACACUCAUGCUAUAUAGAACCGGUUACGUCACUACUCUACCAAGAACUGAUUUGGCAAACUAUUUCAGUGCCUAUAAUGUCGGUGUUCCU